CUCCAGGGAUCAGUGAUGUUCAGUGAUGUGUCCAUAGACUUCUCUCAGGAGGAGUGGGAAUACCUGGACUUGGAACAGAGGGAUUUGUAUAAAGAUUUAAUGUUGGAGAACUACAGCAACUUGGUCUCAUUGGGAUGUUUUGUUUCUAAACCAGAUGUGAUUUCCUUCUUGGAGCAAGGAAAAGGGCCCUGGAAAGUAGUGAGGAAAGGAAGAAGACGAUAUCUAGAUUUGGAGACCAACUAUGAGACCAAGAAGUUAUCUUCAGAAAAUGACAUUCAUGAAAUAAACUUAUCCCAGUGGAAAAUAAUGGAAAUUAUUAAAAAACAUGGCCUUAAGAGCCUCAUUUUAAAAAAUGAUUGGGAGUCUAAAAGAAAAUUUGAAGGGCAAGAGGAAUAUUUCAAUCAAGUGAAAAUUACAUCUCAAAAAGUGUCCUUUUACCAAAAGCGCUCAUCUCCUUCUUCACAUCAGAGAAUUCAUUUUGUUGAGAAACCCUAUGAAUGUAAGGAAUGUGGGAAGGCCUUUAGAGUAUGCCAACAACUUACUUUUCAUCACAGGAUUCAUACUGGUGAGAAACCUUGUGAAUGUAAGGAGUGUGGGAUGGCCUUUAGACAGACUGCACAUCUUACUCGACAUCAGAGACUUCAUUCUGGUGAAAAACUCUAUGAAUGUAAGGAAUGCGGAGACUCUUUCAUUUGUGGCCCAGACCUUAGAGUACAUCAGAAAAUUCAUAUUGGUGAGAAACCCUAUGAAUGUAUAGAAUGUGGGAAAGCCUUCAGAGUUCGUGGUCAACUUACUCUCCAUCAGAGGAUUCAUACUGGUGAAAAACCCUAUGUAUGAACAGAAUGUGGGAAGGCCUUUAGACAGUAUGCACACCUUACUCGACAUCAGAAGCUUAAUAUUGCUGACAAACUCUAUGAAUGUAAAGAAUGUGGGAAGGCCUUUUUGUGUAGCUCUGGCCUUAGAGUGCAUCACGAACUUCAUACUGGUGAGAAACCCUAUGAAUGUAAAGAAUGUGGGAAGGUCUUUAGAGUAUGACAGAAACUGACACUCCACCAGAGAAUUCAUACUGGUGAGAAGCCCUACGAAUGUAAGGAGUGUGGGAAGACUUUUAGUCAUGGAUAUCAUCUUAUUCUUCAUCACAGAAUUCACACUGGUGAGAAACCUUAUGAAUGUAAGGAAUGCUGGAAGGCCUUUAGUCAUUACUCACAACUUAUUUCACACCAGAGUAUUCAUAUUGGUGUUAAACCCUAUGACUGUAAGGAAUGUGGGAAGGCCUUUAGACUCCUCUCACAACUUACACAACAUCAGAGUAUUCAUAUUGGUGAGAAACCCUAUAAAUGUAAGGAAUGCGGGAAGGCCUUUAGAUUGCGCCAAAAACUUACUCUACAUCAGAGCAUUCAUACUGGUGAAAAACCCUUUGAAUGUAAGGAAUGUAGGAAAGCCUUUAGACUUAAUUCAACUCUUAUUCAACAUCUGAGAAUUCAUUCUGGUGAGAAACCCUAUGAAUGUAAGGAAUGUAAGAAGGCCUUUAGACAACAUUCACACCUUACCCAUCAUCUGAAAAUUCAUAACAUAAAAAUAUAA